AAAGAUGGCGGCGGCUGCGGUUGCGGCUCGCCGCCUGCCUUUUCCCAGCGGGCUUGUCUUGCUGCGGACCACUCGGGGGAUGGGUGUGUGUGAACCGAAGGUCUCUUGCAGAUUUUAUGCUGGAACUGAAUCCCUCCCAAAGGUUGAAGGAGCAGAUAUAACAGGGAUUGAAGAAAUAGUCAUUCCAAAAAAGAAAACAUGGGAUAAAGUGGCUGUUCUUCAGGCACUUGCAUCUACAGUAAACAGGGAUCCUACAGCUGCACCUUAUGUAUUUCACGAUGAUCCUUACCUCAUACCAACCUCUGCUAUGGAGGCUCGUUCAUUUUUAUUGGCAAAGAAGUCUGGAGAGACUGCAGCAAAGUUUAUUAUUAAUUCAUAUCCCAAAUAUUUCCAAAAGGAUAUAGCUGAGCCUCAUAUACCGUGCUUAAUGCCUGAGUAUUUUGAACCUCAGAUUGAAGGUGUAAGUGAAGCUGCCCUGGAGGAACGAAUCAGACUCAGAAAAGUCAGAGCUUCUGUGGACAUGUUUGACCAGCUCUUGCAAGCAGGAACCACAGUGUCUCUUGAAACAACUAAUAGUCUUUUGGAUUUAUUGUGUUACUAUGGUGACCAAGAGCCCCCAGCUGACUAUCCUUUUCAACAAACUGAACAUUUGGAAAACUUGGAGGAAGCUACAGAGGAAAAUGAUCAAACAUCCAAGAUAGAGUCCGGUCCUUGGAAAGCACAAAACAAUGCUGAGAGGAUCUUCACUUUAAUGCCAGAGAAGAAUGCACGCUCCUACUGCACAAUGAUCCGAGGGAUGGUGAAGCACCGAGCUUAUGCACAGGCGUUGAACUUGUACACAGAGUUAUUAAAUAACAGACUUAGUGCUGAUGUAUAUACCUUUAAUGCAUUGAUUGAAGCAAAAACACUCAUACUCAAUGAGAAAUUUGAGGAAAAAUGGAAUGGUAUACUGGAUCUACUGAAACAUAUGGUUGCACAGAAAGUGAAGCCAAACCUGCGGACUUUUAAUACAAUAUUGAAAGGUCUCCGGAAGUUUUACUCACUUGGAAGGAUACCGGCCUUACAGACACUACGUGAAAUGAAACAUAUUGGAAUAGAACCCUCACUUGCAACAUACCAUCAUAUUAUUCACCUCUUUUAUCCAAGAGGGUUUAGCUCUAUGAAAAUGCCAUCCCUCAUCAUCUAUGAUAUCAUGAAUGAAUUAGAGGGAAGAACAUUUUCUCCACAGGACCUUGAUGAUGAUAAAUUUUUUCAGUUGGCCAUGGGUGUGUGUUCAUCUCUCAGAGAUUUAGAGCUUGCUUACCAAGUACACAGACUUUUAAACACGGGGUACAACCGGAAACUUAUCGGAGAUGAUCUUCAACGUAAACUGUAUUAUUCGAAGUUUUUCAGUUUGAUUUGUUCACUGGAACAAAUUGAUGUCACCUUGAAGUGGUAUAAGGACCUAAUACCUUCAGUGUUCCUUCCCCACUCCCAAAUAUUCAUCGGUCUUCUUCAAGCACUGGAUGUGGCCAAUAGGCUAGAAAUGGUCCCUCAGAUUUGGAAAGAUAGUAAAGAAUACAGUCAUGCUUUCCGAGAUGCCCUAAGAGAAGAAGUAUUGAUGCUCAUGGCCAGGGAUAAACACCCACCAGAGCUUCAGGUUGCAUAUGCUGACUGUGCUGCUGAUAUCAAAUCCACAUAUGAAAACCAGGCUGCCCGGCAGCCUGCUUUUGAUUGGCCAGCCAACCCAUUACAAUAUAUAGCUGUCCUUUUUUUAAGAGGUGGCAGAACCCAGGAAGCCUGGAAAAUGUUGGAACUCUUCAAAAAGCAUAAUAAGAUUCCCAGAAAUGAAUUGCUGGAGGAAUUUAUGGACACAGCAAAAGCAUCCGGUAGCACUGCUCUGGCCAUUGAGGUUGUAAAGCUGGCAAGUGCCUUCAGUUUGCCUAUUGGUGAGAGCCUUGCCCAAAGAGUAAUGAUGGAUUUCACAGUUGACCCAGAACAAAAAGAAGCCCUGGGUAACCUCACUGUACUCAACAGUAGCGAUGGAGAAAGCAGCAGUGACAGUGACAUCAGUGAAGACAAAUGAAAGGGAGAGGUGACUCACAAUAGCUGCUGGAAUGUUAGAAGUGGUAAAAAUAAACAGAUACAGGGCUGGGAUCCAAUAUAAGCUCUGUGGUGUUGCACUGGCUUAAACCUAAGACCCUGGGGUUCAUCUGCAGUACCGCAAAGAUGCACAUCUGGCCAGUUUUUUGCCAAGACAGCAACAAGCACUGUGAAGUCUGACUUUUGGAGAAGAACAAAUUCCACAUAAACACACUGUUUGCAGACCUCAUUCCUAUUAUGCCCAUCAUGUUAGAAUCCACAGGCCUUUGCUGCCUACCUGCUCUGUAAUGUGUGGUCCUUUGGCCUAGAGACAAGAAUUCAAACUGUAAUCCCAGCACUUGGGAGGCAGAGGCAGGCGGAUUUCUGAUUUCAAGGCCAGCCUGGUCUACAAAGUGAGU